AUGAAGAAGUACGGAUUGCAAAUCAGGGAUCCAUCGAAGAAGAAGCAAUCAUCAGCUCGACCACCACUUCGUCCUGCUGCGAUAUUUGGCGAAGAGGAAGACCACGACGUGGAGAAGGAGAUCUCUCGCCAAGCUUCGAAAACCAAGGCUCUUAAGGAAAUUGAGGAGCAGCAUAAGAAAGCCUUAGAGGAAGAUCCUUCUGCUUUUGCCUACGAUGACGUUUACGAUGACAUGAAACAAAAAGCUGUUCUUCCACAGAGGCAAGAUCGCACAGAGCGUAAGUCGAGAUAUAUAGAGCAGUUGAUGAAACAAGCAGACCGUAGAAACAAAGAGCACGAGAUAGUUUACGAGAGGAAGCUCGCGAAAGAGAGGGAGAAGGACGAGCAUCUCUUCUCUGGUAAAGAGAAGUUUAUCACUGGCGCUUAUAAGAGGAAGCUCGAGGAGCAGAAGAAAUGGCUUGCGGAAGAAAGAUUGCGUGAGCUUCGUGAGGAAAAAGAUGAUGUUACAAAGAAGAAGGACUUGAGUGAGUUCUACUUCAACAUUGGGAAAAAUGUUGCGUUUGGAGCUCGAGAUGUUAAAGAAGCAGAGAGGCUAGAGGAACAAAGAAAGGCGGAGAAGCUUGAAGAGCUGAGGAAAGAAGAGAUAAGAAGGGAAGAGGAGAAGGAAGUGUCGCCGCAGCCUGAAUCUGAAGAUGUUGGACCGAGUUUUAGGAAUAGUGUGGAACCGCAAGAAGCAGCAGCAGCAUCUGAGAAGAAGGAGACAGAAGAGAGAGACUCGUCGAUCAAAGAGGCGGCGAAAGAAGCGCCUUACCAGCACAAGAGAGGCGAGGAUGCGAUCGCUGCUGCUAAAGAACGGUUUUUGGCGAGGAAGAAGGCAAAGAUGGUAGAAGAAUAG